UAUAAACCCUGUUUUUGAAUUACAAUGUUACUGACCUGCAAAAUAUUAUUUUGCAUCUUAGUCUUAAUUACAUUGUAAUCUACAAACAGCAGCGACAUCUGGCGACCAACUGUUGUUGGUCAAACGUCUUAAAAUCCAGAUUUUUAUUUAUGAUCUGCUACGAACUACUACGAAUAAUAGAAAACAAUAAUAACAUUCAUAAUCAUAAUAAUAAUAACCAAAGCAAUAAUAAAUGACAAUGCACUCCGGUCAAAGAACAAAGCUCCAUUUCAAAAGAAAUGGCUUUGAAGCAUUGUAAUUCAGCUUCAUUUUGAUUUUCAUGUUGCGAUCUUGGUGGAUGAGCAGCGUCCGCCUGGUUCAACAAAGACCGGGGGGGCGUGCGCCUCCUCUCCAGAUGUGUCAGGACCUUUAAGCGCUCACGGCUUGUUCCUGUAGCGCCAUGACCAGAUCUGAGCGUCGACCAAUCGCAGGCGACAGCGAAACUGCCGUGACAGUGAUCUGCGCGGUGAUUGGACGUCCUCGACAUGAGGUUGCACCAUGGAUCUCGUGCUCGAUGUAGCCGACAGCUACGUCCUCACGCCGUAUGUUUACCCGGCCUCGUGGCCGGAGGACGGUGCUCUGCGGCAGAUUCUCAGCCUGCUGGUGCUGACCAACCUCGGGGCGGCGAUACUGUACCUGGGCCUGGGAGCCAUCAGCUACUUCUUCGUCUUUGACCACAGUCUGAUGAAGCACCCGCAUUUCUUGGAGAACCAGGUUCGGAGGGAGAUCAAGUACGCCAUGACCUCGCUGCCAGUCAUCAGCAUCCCCACUGUCGCCCUGUUUUUCGCCGAAGUGCGAGGAUACAGCCGGCUGUACGACAACGUCGACCAGUCUCCUCUGGGAUGGAGCGGGCUCUUCCUCAGCAUGAUCUCCUUCCUGUUCUUCACCGACAUGUGUAUUUACUGGAUUCAUCGUUUCCUGCAUCACAAGCUGAUUUACAAGCUCUUCCACAAGCCUCACCACGUGUGGAAGAUCCCCACCCCCUUCGCCAGCCACGCCUUCCACCCGGUGGACGGCUUCAUGCAGGGUCUGCCCUACCACAUCUACCCCUUCCUCUUCCCGCUGCACAAGGUCCUCUACCUGCUCCUCUAUGUCUUCGUCAACAUCUGGACCAUCUCCAUCCACGACGGCGACUACCGCGUCCCCGGCUUCCUGGCCGGCGCUGUCAACGGCUCCGCCCACCACACGGACCACCACCUCUUCUUUGACUACAACUACGGGCAGUACUUCACCCUGUGGGACCGGCUGGGCGGCUCCUACAGGCACCCGUCUGCACUGAUGGGGAAGGGACCCAUGGAUCUGAUCCGAAAACUUCAAGGAGAAGGGAAGCGAGCCGGCGGAGGGGAAGGCCACCACUUGGCAGCUAAGGAGGAGUAACUCCAGCCUGAAUUCAAACACAAACUGUGCUCGGCUGUUUAUAGGGCUGCUUCCCCCCAUCUGAAGUUUAAUACUAUUCACCAGAUCAUCAGCUGUUUCACCUUCAACUGCAGCUCCUCGCGUUUUAAUCUUCAACCCACUGACUCUCCCAUAACAUGUUUCAAGGUCGAAACAUAGGUCACUCUGUGUUUGUAAAAAAACUGUACAUAUAGGAUCAGAUUCAAACGCUGCACUGUGAGGCACUUUCGUGCCAAUAAGUGGUGUUUGCAUGAAUUUAUUUUUAUAUAAUAGAUUUCCCCCGAAGAGCAGGACAAAUGUGGCCGUUUAUCCCAAGAUGCCGCACGUGCACAUAUUAAAUUUUUGUUUAUUUGGUUGUAAGUAUUUGUUUUAUAUCGUUUACAACUAAGAAAAAU